CUGGCAAUGGAAUGAGACCCUGCAAACUUCCAGGGUGUGAACUGUGCAGUUUUGUGACUGGGUCUCCAACCUUCUGGGGUCCAGCUGGGGUCUUCAACAUCAACGACCGUCUGACCUGCCAGGACAGCAAGGUCGUCUACGCUAUCAUCUGUGUCAAGGACGAUAAGGUAUUUAUUGGCCAUUCUCAGCGGAAAUUGGCGGACACUUUCAGAGAACACCUGGCCAAUAUCAAGACUAGGCAGGUCAAUGACCCAGUUGCCUUUCAUUUUUCUCGCGAAGGGCACAGCGUCCUGGAUCUGCGGGUAUCGGCCCUUGCCAGAAUCAACUGUGAUGUGGGCACGCGAGCGAGGCUGGAGAAAGCCCUGUCCUAUGACAUGGACCGUCCUCACAAUUCCUACUAUGGGAUCAACAACGACUUUGAAUUUCUGUGA